ACCUGUGCUCGCUUCACUCCCUUACACACUGCAGAGACCAGAUCCUGCACAUUGCGCCCUGGGCCGAGGCCCUAACCCACCUAGCGCUUUCCGCCACCUAGCGCUGGAGGCCCAAGCCUGCCGGAUCGGGGGCUGGAACCAUGUACUGGCUCGUGAGCCUGCCCCACGAUGGCGGAGCUGACCAGGCCUGGACUCGGCUGCAGGAGGCGACCACGUACACAAAUGACUACAGCUCCAACUUCAAGUUUGCGCUGCCCGAGAGCUUCAGGGUUGGCACGCUAGACUCGCUGCUGGCCCUGUCUGACGACCUGGCCAAGGUGAACCAGGCGGUGGAGGGCACGGUGAACAAGGUGCGGCGGCAGCUGAUGGAGCUGCAGGCGAGCGUGGCGCCCGAGGACCGCGCCGAUGUGUGGGUGGAGACGCAGACGCCCGAGGGCUACCUGCAGCGCUUUGCCUGGAACGAGGCCAAGUACCCGUCACGCCGCCCGCUCAAGGAGAUUGUGGCGUCCAUCAUGGACAACGUGCAGAAGCUGGACGACGACCUCAAGGUCAAGGUGACCGAGUUUGGCCAGCUGCGCAGCACGCUGCAGGCGGCGGCGCGCAAGCAGGGCGGCAGCCUGGCGGUGCGCGACGUCUCGUCGCUGGUGCCCCCCAGCCAGCUGGUCUACACCGAGAACCUGACCACGCUGCUGGUGGUGGUGCCCAAGUCGGCCAAGGGCGACUGGCUGGCGCAGUACGAGAGCUUGUCGGAGUUUGUGGUGCCGCGCUCCACGUCAGUGGUGGCCGAGGACCAGGACUAUCAGGCCUUCACGGUGGUGCUCUUCAGGCGGGUGGUGGACAACUUCAAGACCGCGGCGCGCGGCAAGGGCUUCCAGCAGGUCAAGGACUUGAAGGUGGACCCGGAGGCGGCACGCAGCAGCGAGGCGGAGCUGGCGCGGGUGCGCACCGAGGUGGAGCAGCGGCGCGUGUCGCUGGAGCAGUGGUGCAUCACCAGCUACGGCGAGGCCUUCAGCAGCUGGAUCCACGUGUGCGCGGUGCGGCUGUUUGUGGAGAGCAUUCUGCGCUACGGACUGCCGCCAAAGUUCCUGUCGGUGCUGAUGCGUCCCAACGCCAAGUACACCGCCAAGCUGCGCAAGCUCAUGGCGCACUCGUUCAGCCACACAGGCAGCGACCACUUCUCGGCGGAGGGCGCAGGGGAGGACAUGUUCCCGUACGUCUCCUUUACGCUCAACAUCGAGGGCUGAGGCAGCAGGCCUGCUCGCAGAGCAGCCUUCCAGGCCCAGGCUAUCCUGCCUGGCUCCCCGCAGCAAGCCAGCACCGCCGCUGGCCACCGCGCCAGCGGCGCUGCCCGCCUCGCCUCCUGCCCCACCCCCACACACAUGACGCUGCGCUCCCCCCACACUGCCGCUCCCCGUUCUGCACCCUAGCGACGCCGCAUCCCCAUUGUUUGCCGCUUUUGCUCUCGCUCUCGCUUGUUGGCGGCUGUGCCCAGUUGGCACCUGCUGCCGGCACAGCCCGGCUCUCCACCGUGCUGUUUGCACCUUCUGUACCCUACCCUGUGUCUUUGUUCCCUGUCUGUAAGCACACCACUAC